UAUCUAAAUAACAUUAUACACACAACUUUGGGGGUUCAUUUGGGAUUUUACCACUAACAGUACUUGCACAAUGAAUUAUCACAUAAAUAGCUUGUUAUCAAGUCAAUCACAGGUUAUUAAGUCAAUGUUCAUGGCCUGAAAAAACUUAACAGAGAAAAUACACGGGACACACUCUUAUGAUCCAUACAAACUGGAGAUUUAUACUUAGUUGUCAUAAAAUAUUGUAUUGUUGCACUUAAUGGUGUAUUACAACAUGAGAAAUUAGCAUUAGCCAAUAUGCUUAUAUCCAAAACAGAUAUUAUGUAGCCUACACAACAGACUAUUCUCAUCUCAAAUUAGGUCAUAUGUCCCUUGUAAUUUUAACAAUCCAUGUUUUCUGAGGAAAUUAGUAAAAUAAUGUAUUUGAUAGCUAAAUGACCUGCAUCCUGAUACAAAACAAUAGGUUUAAAGCACACGCUCUGGACGUCCACUCCUCACAGCCUCGCUUUGGAAUCAACAAUGGCUGCAGGCUGAAUAAGAUGUAUAAUGUACAGUAAAUAGAGAAUUGUUGUACAGCUUUGUGUAUGAAUCAGCUUUAAGCUCAGGUUUGUUAAUAUUCCUGUAAAUUUUUCCUGUAUAUAUUGUGCUUUUUUGAUUCUUUUUGCAAAAGAAAACACUAUCGUUCAUGAGAACUUGAAUCGUUGAGUUUUAAAGAUCAAAUUGCUAACCCAUGUUUAUAACUGCGGUAAGCCCUAUAAUUAGCCGGCCCUAAUUUAAAUGGUUUCACAAGACAUAUAAAUAUACACUGAAAAUAUAACCUUUGCCACCAUGUUGUUGUUUUGUUUUGAUGUGAACGUCUUUUAUAAAACCAUUAAAUAGAAACAGAAAGAAUUACUUUUAAAACAGCAAAUGCAAGCGAAACAAUUUAGGUCAGUCAAGUUUGAUCACAGUGUCUUUACAAAAUGUGUCUCCCAUCUCCCACCUUAAAAACAACUCUGUUCAUUACUUAAUGUUUUUAUUUUUUAUUAUUCAUCAUUUAUUGUGAAAUGACAUUUGAAAACAAGUUUUUAUACCUACCAAAUCAGAAAACACUAAAGUUCAUAACCUUCAUUGUGCAACCACUUGAACUAAACAUAACAGCUUUGACUAUAAAUAAAGAACCGGUAUUCACACAAUGUCUUGUUUGUCUCGUAGUCUUGGCACAUCUGUAACCUGACACAACAAAUACAGACUAACAAUUUAACCCAAUUACACAAUAAAAGAUUCAAUUAGCAAAGCUACAUGUAAAAAAAACCCAAUGUAGAAAGGGAAGUCCAACUAUUUACUGAUAGCAGCAUUUUAAAAUGGGUUUGCUUAAUACUUGUUUAUAAUAUUCGAUAUUUAAAGUCUACAGUAUUUCUACCAUUAUAUAUUCGUAAGGACUGUUAGUCAUGACAUUACUGCUCUGUUCCCCAGAUCUUUUCCCUAACCUAUGUCUGCUACUUCAAGAGCAACCACGCUAAGAGGUUAAAAUACUUGGCACCCUGCAUAUCACGUGUAUGGUCCAGAAACAAACUCUAGCAUUCGGGUGUGGGGUGACAGUUAAAGGCCUCUCCUUCCAGGCUGCUAAAAAAGCUCUCAGUGCAGGCAGGUGUCAAGUGUACAACACAAGACAUUUAAGAGAUACAACUUUUAACUUUAUUUGAUUGGAAACAUUACAAAAUUCAGAAACAAAGAAAAACAUUGUGAAGAGGCAUCAAUCAUGGCAGCAGCCAGUGUGUCCAUUUCAGGCUCCACUGGCACCACCAUGGAGUUUGCCGAUUACAGUCUCUAUAGUAACCUGUCUGAUGAUGAGCUCUUACAGCUGGCAAUUGAACGCAGCCUCAGUGAUGCUCAUAGCUCCGGGUCAGGGACUGAAAGCACAAAGACCACUACUGCUCAAAACAGACCUGCAUCAUCACGCCCAGUUCCCCCUUCAAGACCUGCCCAGCAACAGCCUGAACCACCUGCAUGUCCGGCCAAUCCACCUAGAAGAGAACAAACAAACCCAGAUACCGUGUUGUCGAUCAGCCACUUUACCACCGGUUACGGCAAGCGGAUGGUGGCCUACCGAAGAUACGACGGCUCCAUUCAGGUCAUUCCUGAGCUCGAAGAAGAGACAGAUCCUAUUUCAAAGGCCAUUGUGGAAGGUGAUGUUGGAACAGUAAGGCUAUUGGUUAAGACAUCUGGGUGCAACCUUCUAACACCAAACAAACACGGAUGGAUUCCUCUGCAUGAUGCCGCAUAUUAUGGACAAAGAGAAUGUAUAAAAAUUCUCCUGAAAGCUCAACCUGGGAUGGUUAACCAGCGCACUCUAAAGGAUCAGACUGCUUUGAUGUUAGCUGUGUCCAGGGAUCAUCUUGCAUGUGCGGAGUAUCUUCUCGAGAAAGGAGCUGAUCCAGAUAUUGUCAACAAUGACAGGGAGACUCCACUGUACAAAGCUUGUGAAAGGGAGAACCCAGCAAUGGUUGCCAUGCUACUGAAUUACAAUGCGUCAGUGAAUAAGAGUUGCAUUCAAGGCUGGACGGCUCUUCAUGAGGCUGUGUGCAGGAACAAUGUGGAAAUCUGCGAGAUGCUCGUGAAAGCUGGAGCCAAGGUCAGCAAACCCAACAUGUACGGAAUUACUCCCAUCUUUGUGGCAGCACAAAGUGGAAAAGUGGAUACACUUCGGUUCCUUCUAAAAAAUGGUGCCGAUAUCAACAGUCAGGCGUCAGAUGGAGCCACGGCACUCUACGAAGCUUGUAAGAAUGGUCAUGAGGAGAUCGUUGAGUUUCUUCUAUCUCAAAACGCAGAUGCUAACAAGCCUGGCAAAACAGGACUGCUGCCAAUUCAUAUUGCUGCCCAGCGUGGCAGUGACGGGUAUGCAAAUUUCUUAAUGUCAAAGACCUCCUCACUUACGGGUGUACCCGCAAACAUGUCAGUGCAACUACUAUCUAUGCUGAUCCCAGCCACGAGUAAAGCCAGAGUAAGAAGAUCUGGCAUCAGCCCCCUCCAUUUAGCAGCGGAGCGUAACAGAGACGAUGUUCUCGAACUGCUGAUCGAUGCCGGAUUUGACGUCAACGCCAUGCUGUCCGAGGAUCGCGUGAAAAUGUAUGAGGAUCGUCGCAGCACCGCUCUUUAUUUCGCCGUCAUCAACAACAACAUCGAUGCCACCACUAUGCUUCUGGAGGCUGGUGCCAAUCCAAACCUGGACACAUUCAACCCUCUCUUGGUAGCCUUGAGACAGGGCUGCGUACAGACGGUUAUUCUGCUGGUGGAACACGGUGCUAAUGUGAAUGCUUACAUACCCACCCAUCCGACAACGUUUCCAGCCACUGUUAUGUUCUGCAUGAAGUACCUGACUUUACUGAAGUAUCUGAUGGAUCACGGCUGUGACGCUGUGUCGUGUUUUAAUUGUGUAUAUGGCAACAAUCCUCAUCCGCCGAUAAAGACAAGACGUGACCGGGUGGAUGACUAUGAUGAAGAUAGGCAGCCGACCUGUGUUCAGUUCUGUGAGGUGAUCUCCGCUGAUAACUACUCCCGAUGGGCUGGGCCGGUCAUAGACGUGCUUCUUGACUACGUUGGACACGUGAACCUAUGUGCAAGGCUCAGGGAGCAUCUGGACAGUUACCCUGACUGGAACUGCAUCAGAGAGAAAGCUAUGCCUCCACGACCUCUACUGCAGCUCUGCAGGCUGAAAAUCCGCCAACUGCUUGGGAUUAAGAGACUGAAGAAAAUCCACAAGCUUCCAGUUGCUCCAAGGCUAAUAAAAUUCCUGAAUCAUCAAGAACGAGAGCAGGAUUAGAAAAAUGUAAGAAAACCAUUUAGUUUGCUAAAUGUAUGGUUCAAAUGGCACAAAUAUAAGUAAAAUUGGUAACACAAUGGAUAAAAAUGGGUAAACACUUUACAAUAAUGUUCUAUUUUGUUAAAGGUCACAUAACACACACACACAGUUUCUGCCAAUCUCACGUUAAUCUUGCACUGUAAAAACUACUUAUAAAAAAUACUGCCUUAACAUUUUUUGUUAAAUCAACUCAGAUUUACAAGUCAUGUCAACAGAGAUGAGUUGUCACUACUUAUAAAAUAUAGUUUAAAAAAGUCAACUUUAUUUUAGAAGUUAUAACAACUCAUCUCUAGUCAAGAUAAAGUUGAAAUGACUUGAUUCAACAAAAACUGAGUUGAUUCAACAAAAAAUUUUAGAGCAGCAAAGUAUUUUUUACAAUGUGGGUACCUAUAGAGUAGUAUUGCAUCCUUAAAGGUCACAUUCUUUCUGUGUUUUUGAAGCUUUGAUUGUGUUUACAGUGUGCAAUAUAACGUGUGUUCAUGUUUCACGUGUAAAAAAACUAUAUUUUUCAAACAAUUUAGUUAUCUGUAUAGCGCUGUUUUCACUGUCCUAAAAACGGGCUGAUGUUUUCAUUGUUCUAUGAAGUCCCUCCUUCCGAAAUACGUAACGAGUUCUGAUUGUUUAGUUUGUUUAGUGUGUUGUGAUUCGAUAGCAGCUUAGCUUGCCGUUAGCUUACCUGGCGACUGACGUAUUCCUGUGGGCGGAGUUUAGUCAAAAAAACGUUCUAGUGACCUCAUUAAAGCAGGAGGUAGAGGGCUGUAGUCCAAACCGGCCGAUCGCUGUAGGCUUUGAAAGGCGAAUUCUGUUAAAGAAAAUUUAUCGCCCGGCAGUGAACUUUGAGCUUGAUCAUUUUAAAGGUAUUACUUAUAUGCUAUUAUAGCCAUUUUAAAUAGUACACUGUAAAAAAUACUUUGCUGCCUUAAAUUUUUUUGUUGAAUCAACUCAGAUUUACAAGUCAUUUCAACUUGACUAGAGAUGCGUUGUUAUAACUACAGGUGAGUUGUUAUAACUUAUAAAAUUAAGUUGACUUUUCUCAACUAUAUUUUAUAAGUUGCGACAACUCAUCUCUGUUGACAUGACUUGUAAAUCUGAGUUGAUUUAACAAUAAAUGUUAAGAGAGCAAAGUUUUUUUACAGUGUAACUGGCAUGCAACAUACACAAUACAUCAUUGCAUUAUCCCUGGAUAACUUUUAAUGAACUAUACUUUCGUGUUGUUUACAUUAUAUGCUCUUAUGCACUGAUUGCCAACAAAACACAAACAUUUAAUGCAGUUUUACUGUACCCAAGAUUGUGCCCAUACAAGAACUUUCUCUGUAACUCUGCAAAUUGUGAUGUAACGCAACAGAUUCAGUAGUCGAAAAAAAACUUUUCAGAAACUUGUACGAACCCUGACGAAGAGUAUUCGGCAAAGAAAUACUUGUUCAUACGUCUGUUUUUUUUUUGCUAGCUGAGAAUAUAACUGUGUAAAUAAGUCAGAAUUUUAACAUUAGUAAUGUGUUGGGAAACAUUAGCUAGUUACAGCAUUUAUUAAUGUUAUUUAAUACCAGCACAAUUAUGUUAGUUCAUUGUGCAUUAAAUAAUGUUAACAUUUACAACAUUUGAUUUUAAAAAUGUAUUAAUAAAUGGAGAAAUUAACAUGAACUAUACGUGUACCCAUAAUAAAUGCUGUAGACAUAUUGUUCAUUGUCAGUUCAUGUUAACCAAUAAUCUGAAUUUGGGUAACAGAUGAUAAUAUUUAGUGGGUACAUGGUACUUUAAUAUAGUAUUUUUCUGUAUGUAUGCCUAUUUAAAAAAAAAAUGUUUUUUAAGUGGUGACAUUUAUUUAAUGACCUUCAUGUGCAUUCAUUUUAAAAACUAGUUUUAACUUUUGUAAUUUAGUAAAAUGUAUUUUUUUUUUUGUAAUAGAUAUGACUAAAUAGGUGUUUGUACAGUUUUGUUUGAUCAGAUUUCAUUUUGCUUAAUUAAUUAUUUAAUAUUUGCAACAAUAGCCAACACUUAGCAAAUACAUCAAAUUAUUGAACUGUAAAAUGUUAUCUGUGUGUAAUAUUUAAUUAGCACUUAAAGUUGUCAGGCCUUUAUCUAAAACAAACACAGUCUUCAUGUUAUAUUUCCCACCAAUAAGACUUGUACAUCUACUAAUAAAGUGUUAACUACUACUGUAA